GAACUAUCGUUGCAGCGAAUGUAGCAUUGACAAUGGGACUUGGAGCACCCUCUUCCAUGAGCAGACCCCUUUACUGGAUCCCUACAGUGAAGUGCCCCACCCUAGCUGCCUGCCCAUUGUCAUGUGACCAGGGAUAUGCCACCGAUGAAGAGGGGUGUACGGUCUGUCGCUGUGUUGCAGAUGAAUCACUAUGCUUGCCACAUUUCACGUCAAAUGAGUGCCCAAUAAUGGAUCUUUGUCCUUAUGGCUUAGCAACUACUAUCACCGGGUGUCCUAUCUGUAAAUGCAGGCAACCAACUCCUUGUCCUGCAGCUGUACCAAUUUUCUGCCGUAAUUCGUGCCCACAUGGCUUUGCCUCCGACAGUUUUGGAUGUCCUACGAUUGCCUCAUGUGAUUGCAUAAGACCAGCAAAUGACCCACUGUGUCAUCCAGAAGUCGUACAGAACUGCAGACGACAUUGUUUCCAUGGUUAUGCAACAGACGGCAAUGGCUGUGAAAUCUGCAGAUGUCGUAUGCCAUUUACCAUUGGGGCAUUCUUCUCGAUUGCUGCUCCUGUUUUCAAUGUCUAUUGGCAGGAGACCAGCCACCCUCACAUGCCGUAUUCCGAGACCUCUUUGGUUCCAACCACCCACUGCCCCUUGGUAGACAGCAGAACAUGCCAGGAAGAUUGCCCCAAUGGUCUAGCUACAGACAUGGCAGGCUGUCCAGUAUGCAGAUGCAAGACACCGACAGAUCGUUGUCCAAGGGUGGACCCAGUGAUCUGUCCCCAAGCUAACUCUUGUCCAUUUGGGCUUGCUUCUGGACCAACAGGUUGUGAUAUCUGCAUAUGCAGAAAUGAAGUAUCUUGCGAGCCCAUCAACCAUAUAACCUGUUCAACUUCAUGUCCUCAUGGUCACAUGUCAGAUGAAAAUGGGUGCCAGAUUUGUCAACAGUGUUCAAAACAUGCUGGAGAUUGCCCAGCAGUGGUUGACUGUGACAAACACUGUUUGUAUGGAUAUGCAACGAACGAUGAAGGAUGUCCAGUCUGCAGUUGUAAGCAACCAGCGAGCCAUUUUCCAUUGAGGAGUACCUUGAAAAGCAAACUAAUCGCUUCCUCUUUGACUACAAGAUGCCCUGUUGUGUCAUGUGAUCUACAUUGUCACCAUGGAUACCAAUUGGAUGCAAAUGGAUGUGGUGUGUGUGAAUGCAUUUUAGGUAAGUCAUAGAAAAUCUCUAUAUUCCAUUGAAAAUCCUAUAUAAAUCUAUAUUUUUGUACAUACUCUACAGAAAGCAGCCAUUGCUGCUCUCACUUUUGUGUUAGUGUAAGCAGCGUAACCAUGAUUCAUUUUAUAUUUUGCUGGAAAUUGUCUGAUACCGGGCUCCAUCGUGUAUAGAGUUGCAAAAGUUACCACAAAUGGCCCUGCCCGGGUUUUUACAUACAUGUAGUACCAUCGAAUUUACACAAAAAUAUCAACGUGUAUCACUAUCAUGUAUAUGAACAAAUUGCAACGAGGUGUGCUUGAAGGGUUACCAUGAUGUCGCCAACAAAGUGGCGCAGAAGACGUGAUUGUCAGACAUUCCUUGUCUGUAAAAUUUUUCAAAUAUAGUUAUUCAUGAGUUCUUUUUUGUAUAAAUUCACUGCUUUUCGAAGAUAUCCUCAAAUAAUUUCAACAAAUGUGACUGAGAUUGAUGUAAUGUAAAAUACCAGUGAAUGAAAAAAGUGCCAUGUAGUGGACAUUCAAAUAAAACUGAAUGAAUGGUAUUGAAUGAAUAUAUCUUUGGCAUUAUACAUGUAUGAAUACUGUUGUACUUUUAAUGUAAAGGGAAUAUGAAAUGAAAACGAAAUUGGAUUUGAAUUGAAAAUGAAAUUCAUAUUAACAGAAUUGAAUUGAAUACUAAUGCCCUAGCUAUCAUCUCUAUUCAAAUAGCACAACCCAUGCAAAGAAGAUUUUGAAAAGGUGCUGAAAUGCUGACUGUUACCUCAGGAAAGAACUGUCUGUAAAUAAGUAUGUACUCGGAUAUUAGGAACUUAUGACUUGGAGAUGGGUCUUUUAAGGGAGAUGUUAAACUCUUUGAAAGUGUUAGAGCAUGAGAACUAAAGCUCUCUCAUUUGAACUAUUGUGGAGAACAUAACACUUCCAGGGAUGAUUCAGAUAGCAUAAAGGUGUAUAUACUUUAUAACCCCGUUGCCAGGGGGAAUCAGGGGUUCGAUUGAACCCCCUAAGAUUUUCAAAAGCAAGUAAAAAUUUGAGAAGAGAAGAGGUUAGAGAAAGGAUCAAACCCUCUUAUUUUGAAACCCCUUGCUACGGGCCUGCUUUAUCAAAAGCACUUACAAAGAUAUUCUUUUGUCAUUGAAAUAAGAUGGUGUCUCAUAUUCAUGUAUUUUAUGGGCGGAUUGGAGACAAAUCCAUGACAACUGGCUAUGCAUACCUUAUAUUUAAUGUAAGUCAGUAUAAUGGUUCAAAUUAUUACAUUUAUGGAGGCGUAAUAGCUCAGUCAGUGGAACAGGGAGUUCAGAUCAUGGAGACCCUGGAUUGAUUACCACUAGGUGCGCUAGUGCCCUUCUGCAAGGGAUUUACCCUCAUUAUAGGGUCUCUCAGAUUGGACUUUAUCUGUAAAUAGGCCAGGCUUUUUUGAAGCCAGGGAGGGGCUCCAAGGCCCCAUCAUGAUCUAAGCUACUGACUGCAUGAUCAUGUUGAAAAUUAGCUUGCAUAUUGUCCAUGGAUGUAGGGUUCUUGGAAGAUGGGUGGAACAAAACCCACUUUUACCAAGUUUAUCGUUUUGUAUACUACGAAGCUGCUUUUUCUGUAUUAAAGUGUCAACAUUUGUUUGUUCUUUAUCAACACAAAAUUGUAUGAAAUGCUAUCCCUUCUGUUAACUUUUUGCAAGUUACUGUCCAGCUGCUAGUGAGCACUUCAUAUCCCCUAUCCUUUGUACCAACAACUAUGAUGUGACUACCUCCCUGUUGAUGCUGAAUGUCUUGCACUGCUCUUCAAACCAUUGCUGAAUAAUUAUGACAAAGAAAAUUUAUCUCAUGCUUGAGAUGUGCCUGCAAGUCAAAAAGGAUACAUAUGCUCAAAAUAGAUUUUAGCUAGACACCCGCUAUGUAACCUUUCAUUCCCUCGCAAAAAGUUAGCAGGGGUGAUAAAAUUUCACUGAAAAAUGCUGUGAAAAAGCAUGGUGAAACCAAUAACUUACAAGAAACACCCCAAUAACUGAAAAUAAAAGUGCUUUCAUAGUUUGCAAACCAAAAACUUAAAAAAGUUAAGUUUUGUACCCUUCAUCUCCGAAGAACGAUAUACAUGUAGCUCUGUGACCAGUGACAAUGUCGAUGCAAGCAAAGUGUCAAAUUAAUGUUGAUGAGUUACUCAUUAGUACAUAAAGCUCAUGAAUAUACCAUGCAAUCUCAAUAUAGCUGACUUUUGAACUUUGAUUAAAUUUUUAGGAAAAGUUUUGUACAAUCUUGGUAUCCUACAGAGUUCAAACAAUACACACGUUUACUCCUUGCUUGUCUUUGGUAAUCUGCCUGGAGGUGCUGCACUUAUAUCACCCUCAGGGUUUAUUAGCAUACAUAUAUUUGGUUGACAUUUAGUUAAAGAAAAUACCUGACCAUAUAGGGCAAAUUGCAUGUUACACAUAAUAUAUAUGUAUACGAUACUGUUAUGGUGAACAGUAUUGUCAUUUAUUUAUAAAAACAUUUAAAGGCACCAGCUCAUAGAUUAUGUCACACACUUUUCACAAAGUUGUCAGAAAAGAUCACCCCUGAAAUUUGUUUCAAGAGUAUUGACAGUAACAAAAUCAUUUGUUGCCCCCCCCCAAAAAAAAAAACAAUCAAGGAAGAGAAUUAUACAUGAUUAUACAUGAACAUUAAAAGAAGCACUUGGUAAUAAAAGUCUUUAAUAAGCUAUGGUGCAGCAUAUUAAACAGUUUAGAAUUUACACUAUUAUUUUUUCUUUAAAUCUUAAUAGUAGGCGAUUGACAAAAUAAAGCAGCUUUAAUUGUCAUCAGUCAUGAUUAAUAUGCCAUGGACAUACAAUACAAUAGAGCCAAAUUGCAAAAUGCUAUAAGAUAUGCAAUAAUAUGCAGUGAAUUUAACAAAAAGUUAAACAUCUAGUGUGCUAAAUGUGGAAUGGAAUAUAGUUACACAGAGACUGUAGAAAUUUUUUUCUAAUAAAUUUAGAACAAAUAUAUUCUCCAAAUGUAUAACCAAUUGCUAACCUAUUACCCAUAAUGGUCACAAAAAAAUGUAUAAAUGAUACCAAGUCAGAACAGAAUGAAAGGCCAUUGGGGCCAGAUUAACAGACACAAAAAACAAGGCAAUUUACAUGUAGCACGAUGAAUGUCCAUUGAAAAGUAUAUGUACAUGAUGAGAACAUUGUAUGUCACAUAAAAAGGCACUCUAAAUUGGAAGCUUUCAUAUAAAUUUAUUUUUGGAUUUAUAAUUUUCUAUAGAUCUACAUAUAUAGAGUAUGAUGUAUCCUAAAUAUGGUACUGGCCCAUGUAUAUUCUUUGGCAAGGAAUAUGCUAAUAGGAAACACUGGCAUAUGGUGGGGGGGGGGAGGGAUGAUUGGUUGGGUCAGUGGGAAGUUUAUUCAACAUGAUGGAUGGAAAUUGUAUGUAUUAAACUUCUUAACGUAUUUUAGUUUAACAAACUGAAAUGCAUGUGAAUUAUACACAGUGAAGAUGUACUAUUCAUCAUGAUCCUAUGAUACAAUUGAAUUUAAAUACCAAAAUUGCAUUCAUACUCUUUGCAUAUUGCCAGGAUCAAGGGAGUUCAUGUUUGU